UGACAGAACAAAACUCCGUUUUCCAGAGUCAAGGAAACUUUUCUUUUGAACUAUUGACAGCUUUUAACAAUUGAGUAUAUUCCUGUAAACAAAAUUUGGAGUAUAUUUGUUUCUCUCUACCUGAUCUCUCCAGAACUUGAACACUAUUAGUGAGUAUCUUAACUUAUGACAAUAGUUAUUUACAUAAGUGCAAUAAGAAUCUGUUUCAUUUGUAACAGGGCACAAUUGGAGAAACUGGUUAUUUUACCAAGGUUUUGACUGAAAUGGUGUGCUUUCCUUUAAGGAAUCAUACUUGACUUAUAGAGCCACUAAAAGCCCCUUUGGACCAUGCAUUUCAUCUGUGCCACAGCAUGUUUGCUUCUCCAUUGGGAACUCCUGUCUCUCCUUGCCUCGAAAUGGACCCCAACUGCUCCUGCUUGCCUGGGGGCUCCUGUGGCUGUGCCGGCUCCUGCAAAUGCAAAGAGUGCAAAUACACCUCCUCCAAGAAGAGCUGCUGCUCCUGCUGCCCUGUGGGCUGUGCCAAGUGUGUCCAGGGCUGCAUCUGCAAAGGGAAAUCGGACAAGUGCAGCUGCUGUAUCUUAUGCUGGGACAGCCCUGCUCCCAGAUGUAAAUACAGCAACCUGUAUAAACCUGGAUUUUGCUACAUUUUUUCUUCUAUGAAACGUGAAUGGCAAUAAACUCAUCUAGACUAAAAAAAAAAAAAAAAAA